UUUUGGCUCCCAGCGCUAGUUUGUUGCACUAUGAUGGGAUUCGUUUCAUUGCUUAUUUUCAUCAGCCUCCCUUCUGUCCUAGUGACAGCGGCUGAACCUGGAUCAGGGCAUUGGUGUUAUGAAUCUAUUCAGGCUGAUGGAUGCCCAGGACCUAGUAAAUGGACAGAUGAAUUCAAGGAUUGUGGCGGUCACAAACAAUCUCCAAUCAACAUUGAUACUAAAAAUGUAGCGUCUGAUUCAAAUCUAAAAUCAUUUGCAUUUAAAGGAUAUGACAGUUCCAUUUCAACUACUAUUAAAAAUAAUGGCCACUCAGCUGAAGUAGCCUUGACUGCAGCAAUCACAAUAUCAGAUGGUGGGCUUGAAAAUACAUAUACAGCUGCUCAGCUCCAUUUUCAUUGGGGCAGUAGCAAUAGUAAAGGAUCAGAGCACACAAUAGAUGGUAAACAAUAUGCAAUGGAGCUUCAUAUAGUCCACGCACUGCAAGAUGGUUCGAAGGCUGUUCUGGGAUUCCUAUAUGAAGAAUCGGAACACAACAAUGAAAAAUAUGACAACCUGAUCACAGCCGUCAAAGGCAUCUCUAAUAUAAAUAGCAAUCAAUCCAUAGCCAACUUGAAAUUGCAAGAUCUCAUUCCAGAAGAGAAAGAUCUUACACGUUAUUACAGAUAUGAAGGGUCACUCACCACUCCACCUUGCACUGAGAAUGUUAUAUGGACUGUCUUUGAAGAACCAAUUCUGCUGGGUAAAGAACAGAUAAAGGCAUUCUACGAAACUCUGAACUUUGACGCGGGUACCCAUAAAAUGGAAAAUAAUUUUAGGCCUGUUCAGAACCUUAAUGAAAGAAAAGUCUCUUACUCAAGAGCUGGGGCAAUAUUGUCCUUGGGUAAACCUUUGCUAAUAUCUUUGGCUGCAGUUUGUCUUAUGAUAACAUUUUAAUCAAAAUGUUGCUUUAAAGGGAUAUGAAUCCCAAAAUAUUUCUUUCAUGAUUGAGAUAAAUAAUGCAAUUUUAAACAACUUUCUAUUUUACUUCUAUUAUCAAAUUUUCUUGAGAUAUAUUUUGGUAAAAAAACAGGCAAGUAAGCCCAGGAAUAUGCAUUUGUCUGGAGUGUUAUAUGGAAGCAGUUUUGCAAAUUUUUGUUCCAUUUGCAAGAACAUUAGAUGGCAGCACAAUAUCCUGCCAUUUAGUGCUCCAGACACCUAUCUAGAUAUCUCUGCAAUAAAGAAUAUCAUGCAAACAAAGCGAUUUUGAUAAUAGAAGUGAAUUGGAAACCUUGCAAAAAUUUCUCUUUUUGAAUCACACAAAAAAAAAAGGUUUGGGUUUUACAUCGCUUUAAAAAAAAAAAAAAAUGUUAAAGGGACAUAAACUCAUUUUAUAUCUAUUCAUAGUAUAUAGAAGCAAUUACACACUACAUUUAAAACUGUGAGUUUGCAAUCUAGGGAAUUAAAAAUCAAUGACUAUGUAGAAUGUUAUAGAGUCAAGGAUUUGAAGGCUGUAGUAUGCACUCCAGAGUCUCAGGAUAAGUGAAAAAACUAGUUUAGAGAUAUAAAUGACAGGAGAGGUUGAUAAAAUGAAUACUAAUAAAAAGUACAUUUCAAACUUUGUUACUCCUAUGCAUGAUUAAAACAUUUUGGGCCAGAUUACAAGUGGAACACCAAUUGCGCUAAAAGUAUGUUUUUUGUGCUUGUCAGGUUGCGCUGGUAUUAUGAGUUGAAAGUAAACUGUUUUCAAUCGCGCUCUAACCCGAAGAGGGAGAAAAGCCAAACUUACAAUAUCAUGUUCACGUAUUCCCCUAUAGAAGUCAAUGGAGAAAAAAAGGGGAAAAAAACAAACACCAACACUCGCGCAAACCCGAACGCAUAUUCUCAAGUGCGCUAACCUGACAUGAAAAUAUGAAUAUUUCAUAUUCCAAUGUUCUUCACAUAGAAGAAUAUGUUCUAUUUAUUCAUAAAUACACAUUUCUACAUGUAUAUAUAAAUAAAUGAUAAUGAUAAUGAAUAGCUAUAAAUAUAUACACAUUUAUAGAGGAAUAUCUAU